CUUCCAACCACCGCAUCGCUUUCUAGUGUGCAGACUAUUGUGUGCGGGCUGUUGCGAGAUGCUCCAUCAGUGCACAAGGCUACCGUUCUUCCAUUGCGCAGGGCUAGAGUCCUCUUGAAAUGCAUGGAGCUCUUGUACAAGGAUAGGAAUGCUAACGAUGGAGAAACUUCCUGGACCGCGGAGCACCUGGGUGAACUUGUUCAUUGUUGAGGUAUUUCUUUGCCUCAGUUCUGCAACUGUAUGUUAUAUAUUUUCCAUUUCAGGGCCUCGAGCACGACUCCGCCUUUGUGGUAUUCCACUCACACCACACCGUAGCGGUUCAUCGAUGCAUCUUUGGUUGAGCUUCUUCGCGUAUCGUAGCGCAGGGUUACUAAUGACUUCGACCGUGUCAUACCAUGUAGGGGAGGCGUGCAACAUCUUACACGGUCUCAUUCCUAACUCUUCAAUUGAAACGGAUCCCAAGAUGACGCGAUCACCUACUCAUGCGAAGAAGCUGACAAGACAAGAGCACGGAAUCUUCUCACACCACGUCCGCGUAAAGCUUUCGAGAACGUGUCAAAUGUCAUUCAAAGCACGCCUCCGAAGGAGACUGGUGCUCAGAAGGUGGUGUUUGUGUUCGACCUCGAGAUAAUCAACUUCAAAUGAACAUCCAUUUGCUUGGACUUACCACACCAAGAAUAUUGAAUCAUUUCAAAAUCCCGUUCCGUUCGAGUUUCCGAGUUUCGAUUCGGACCACACUAGUGUACAGGUAUCGCUAAAGACUACAGCUGAGUCAAACAUAACUUCCGAUGAACUACUACAUAUAUAAAACUAUAGUAUAUUCUGUGACCUAUCCCACCGCCGCAGCAAGCGACUUGAAUGCUAUGAUAUUUAUUAACUAAUCC